AUGGAAUCGGUGAGAGAGGGCAUCAGAUCCGUUCUUACCGGAUGUGGUCUUCGACCUUCUUUGGAUUCCUUGGUGACGAUGUGGUGUUGCAUCACCAGUGCGCAGAUCUCGUAUCGUGCGAACCAAACCCCCAAGGACUUCGACUUUGUUGUGACCAGCAUUUUGGGUGCUGCGCCCAACCAGAAGUGUUAUGGACUUCGGAACAUUGCUUCCUACCCUUGGGCCAAUCACCUGCUCUCUGAGCUCCCCAAGAGCCAAAAGACGAUGGAUGAGUUUUGUGACUGCAUUCCAAGGGAGCAUUCUGAACUUAGGGGUAGUCUUCUCGCUGAGCUGCACUUUAGUUUCGUCGUUGGUGGCAUGAUGGUUCCACGCAUCCGCGCUUCGAAGCGGCAAAGGGUGGCCCAGCAGCAGCAGCAGCUGUUCAAUCCAAUGUUAGCAGCUGCGGCCAUGGGACAAAUGGGCAUGAACCCGGCGGUGAUGGGAUUGAUGAAUCCAACCAUGCCAAUGGAUCACAAUGAUGAGUCCGACAAUGAGGAUAUGCCCCUGUCUCAGUUGGUUGCGGCUGGUCGGCCCAAUGCUGAUGGAACUGCAGCAGCUUCUCAAGCCAAAGCAUCUUCAGCUGCCGCGCCUGCCGAUGCUGCAAACGGUGAAGCCUGUGCAUCAGAUCCCGCUGCUGCGGCUGCCAGGCAAGCAUGGGCUAAUUUGAGCAGGGGUCGCGCCGACCUCUAUCACCAUGGUGGCCGUGAGGAUAGGCGAAUCAAUCGUGGCACAGCAACAUUCAGAGCGAUGCCCAAGGCUCGGCUUGGUGUGACAGUGAGACAGAUCAGACCACACAGUGCCUUUAUUUUGCUGAUUGUUCAUCUCAGUGAGCUGGUCGAAGCGUGCGACAAUGACCUCGAUGCUGCCUCAACGGCUGAUCUAUCACAAAGUGGACUUGUGAUGUUGUUCUGGUUGAUGGUUCGCCUGAAGCCAACUGUCAGUGUUGGGUCACUGCGUGUUGGCUGGUACACGGACCUGAACACACUCUGCCGCAACAAGUACAUGAAGCUUGUGGCCAAUCCUGCCACCGGUGUUCAGGAUGUCAUGACGCAGAUCAAGGCCCAGGCAUCGCUGGAUGAUCAGUUCAUUGACGCACUUUGUCAGACACAGGGUUGGGACCCAGAGUGGAUGGCCGUUCCAGCCAAGGCGGGCAAAGGCAGGGGCAGGGGCAAAGCUGUGGCAGCUGGACCUCCACCAGGUCAACAUGUUUUGCCUUUUCAGGCUGCCCCCCCGAAGGCCAGUCCUGUGGCUGUGACUGUGAAUCCACCGGCGCCGGCCAAGGCAGCUGGGCAGAUGGAUGCAGGGGCCGUGACUGUGAAUCCAGUUCCCCCCAAGAUUGGGGCCCCCGGUGUGGGAGCCCACAUCUCUUUGCCUGUGCCAGCGCCUGUGGCCAAAUCGGGUUCCAUACCGCCGGCCAAUGCUGCAAAUUCAGUGCCGGUUGCCAAAGCUUUGAACAUUGCUCCAGCCCCCGUGCCACCACCGGCGCAGUUGGGAGGUGGGAAUGGUGGAGGACAGAAUCAUGAUGUUGUGGGGGAGCUGCUUCAGCCGGUGGGCUCCACCGAUGCCACUUCUGACGAAGUGCUUGGUGAUGGGCAGAAUGCUGGGGCUUCGACUUUGGCUUCGUCAACCCUUGGGGCUGUCCCCAAAGCCGGAGGCUUGCCCGUUCCCCCCAACAUUGCUGAGAAUGCUGCUGAGACGGUGGAGCAAGACAAUUUGGAAGCCGAAUUGGAGCAAAUCUUUGGUGUUUCCGAGACUGUUGAUGAUGGGACUGCGGUGGAGAAAAUACUCUGCAGCAUUUGCCAGGAUGAGAUCAAGCACCAUCCAGAUGCUGCCAAUCCUGAAGAGGAAGUCUUGGCAUUGCAGUGCGGUCAUGUCUACCACAAUCUCUGUUUGAGCAAGACCUGGAGCAUUGGUGGCUGGCCCAGAGGAUGGUGCCCACAGCGUUGCCUGGAUCACAUUCUCCUGGGCAACCGUAUGGGUGGUGUUGAAAUUGUCAAUGACGCGCUGGCUUCUGGCGAUGCACCUGGUGUGGCUGUGGAGCCCCCACAGGCUCCUUCCGCUGCCGCUCCAUCAUCGGGCUCCGGAUGUGGUGUGCCCCGCACGGUUGCUGCUUUGUCGGAGCUGGCUGAGACCGUGGUUGUGAAUGGCAGCAACAUUGCGCUCUGA